AUGGCAUCUUCAACCGCAUCAACUUCUCCAACCACCACCACCCCAGCAACAUUAACCCCACCAAGCGGUUACGCCAUCAAAACCUUCCAAAUCCCCGUAUCUCCGACCUCUUCAACCAGUACCAUCUCCAUAAAAAUCACCGAGCCAAAUUUAACCGCCCAAAACCUUCCAUUAGAAACAUGGGCUUCAUCCCACAUCCUCGCCAGUCUCCUCCGUCAGAUCAAAAUCAACUUCCCAAGCUCUUCAAAUAAUAAGGAUGUCGAUGUCCUACCCAUCCUGGAGCUCGGCGCUGGAACGGGGCUGGUAGGGAUAUCAGCCGGGGCGAUAUGGCAAAAACCGGUGAUUUUGACGGAUUUGGAACCAAUAAUCCCGGGAAUUCAGUUGAACGUCGAUAUUAACAAUGUCGGUAGUCAAUUAGACGCCAUUAAUAAUAACAUUUCGAGUCCAGACCAUAGUACUUUAGAUACUACUACGGCGGCUACCAACCCAGAAAGUAUACGGUGUGGAACAUUAGAUUGGAAAUCUCCCACGAUAUUGUCGAUGUAUACCGACAAACGUAUGUACUUCUCCACAAACACCAAAGCACAUGUGAUUCUUGCAGCGGAUACUGUAUAUUCUGAAGAACAUCCGGGGUUAUUAAGUGAUGUUAUAAAAAAUUGGCUGUAUAAGGAUCAGGAGGCGAGGGUUGUGAUAGCUUAUCCUAUGAGAGUGGCUUAUUUGGAGGAGAUCAGAGAAUUGUGGGAUAAAUUUGAAGAAAUUGGGUUGGAGGCUGUGGAUGAAGGGAAAGAAACUGCAAAUGGAGAAUUGUUUGAUGAUGAACUGUUGAUCGAGUGGAGUUUGUGGAGGUGGAGGAGUGAGGUUUUGGAAGUAUGA